UUAUUCAGUGGAGGCUAUUUCAGGAGAUUGAUUUGGUCAGUAGCUCUCGGAUUUUGUUUCGGUUACUGUAUCUAUCAGAUCUUUAAAGCAGUGGAUGCGUUUUAUGGUAAACCAUUCAACACAAGGAUCACAAAAAAAGGAGGAAACAUGAACGAAAAUCUAACAUUUCCAGCCGUAAGUCUCUGCAAUUUUAAUUCAUUUAAUCGGCGGAGGUACAUUAACUUUAUGAAGACAAGAAAUACGUCUAGUAAUGAUGAAAUUAAACUUAACCUCAAGUUUAUAGAAUCAUUGCUGUCAAAAUCAAACGAUGUCUUCAACAGCUCGUCAAAAAAAGAUCAUUUUUACUUGUUCGACCGAACAAUUUGCGAGGAUGGUUCGGAUACUUGUUAUCUUACACUUUUUAGUCAUCAAAUCGAUGAAAUGCUACUUCCGAGCCCGACAUUUGAGUCUUGUGAUGUCAAUGGUAUUCCUUGUGGCUCAAGCAACUUUUCAUCGUUCAUAAACUCUGUGUUUGGCCAGUGCUACACCUUCAACUCUGGACAUUAUGGCUUUCCUCUAAUCAACGCUAGCAUGGCAGGUCACCUAAACGGCUUGAAGCUGUUGUUGCAAGUGGAGAGAGACAGUUACCUGGAUACUCCAACAAAUCCAUACGUUGGACUUACGGUUCUGGCACAUGAUCAACAGACCUUUCCUUUUAUGGAACAGUUUGGCUUUGCAGUUCAACCUGGAGUUCGUACCCUUUGCGCAAUAAGAAGGAAAAAGGUUAGUUAGAUCUCUGCAUUAAUAUUCUGCAUUCUCGGUAAAUUUUUAAGCGCCUUUGCCUGCCCCGAAACAACACAAGCGCAUCCUACAAAAAAGAAAAACAUAGAAAUUUCCCCCGGACUAAUCUUGCCACUUUUGCUAAAGUUAUUGUAACUCUUGGCUUUUACUGCAUAAUUAAGUUGAACUGGCGCAUUUUAGAAUACGGUCUUCGUUCACACGUUAAAAAAUACUGUGUUAUCUUACAGGUUAUAAACUUGCCAUCCCCAUAUUUAGCCAACUGCACCACAAGAAACUUGGAUAUUCUUCGAAAGACUAACUACACGUAUUCCAAACCUGCCUGUCUGAUGCAAUGUCUGAGUCAAUUUGUUAUCAAAACAUGCGGAUGUCGCCCCAUAGAAUAUAAAGCUAAGAAGUCAAGAUAUGGCUAGAUCACCCUGACAUUUCGACGCCGAUACUAAUAAUGAGUACUUUAAUGAGAUACCAUUGCUACACACACCGUAAUUUUUAGGGAGUUAUUAUAACUCCAAAAAUGGAGUAAAAAUUUUAGGUACAGGAUAACCCCUUUUUUGGUGUUAUUUUAACUCCUAAUUUAACUCCGAAUUUGGGGUCAUUUUUACUCCUGAAAAAGAGUUCUUUUUACUCCCAGUCUUGGAGUUAAAAUUACUCCGAAAUGGGGUUACUUGUACUCCUUACAGGGGUUGUUUUCACUCUUUUUGGAGUUAAUUUAACUCUGAAAGUGGAGUAAAAAUUUUAGGUACAGGAUAACUCCUUUUUUGGGGUUAUUUUAACUCCUCAAAAUCUGUGGUCACUUUUACUCCUGAAAAAGAGUUCUUUAAACUCCUUUUUGGAGUUAAAAUAACUCCACGAAAAAUAACUCCACUGUAAGGAGUUAAAUUAGCCCCACUAGAGGAGUUAUUAUAACUCCCUGAAAAUUACAGUGCAGUAUCUAAGAUAGAUGUUGCAUGUUGUAACUGUAAUUUCAAGUUUUUAUUUAAGAAAUCGUUGAAACGUGUCCGUGCAAUCCAGAUCGAAUUUGAAUUUGGAAGUGUUACGUUAGUUUUGAAGGAGAAUGGAAAACAGGAGUACCCAGAGAAAAACCUCUCAGAGCAAGGGAGGGAACCAUCAGAAAACUCAACCCACAAAUGGCGCCGUCACCGGGAUUUGAACCCGGGCCACAUUGGUGGGAGGUGAGUGCUCUCACCACUGUUCCACCCUUGCUCCCCGAGGUCUCCUGUGGGAUCAUGCAGGCCAAAAAGGGAUUGUUUUUGAAGAACUGACCGCAGAUGUUCGGGUUAGGUUGAACCUGGCUUUGCACUGAACUCUUUUGUCGUUCAGGUUGAUGACAAUAGCUGCCUCAAAGUAGGAGAUGGCCAUCUCAGUUUAGCCGACUAUCUCGAUACCUAGCAUGUCACAGCUGCGAGAACCUCUGUGUUAGGGAUCUUCUCACGCCAUUCUGUCGGAUUUAGUAUAUUGGAAGAAGGCAGCAGAUUUUAAAUGCAUCUAACUGCAUGCUUAAUGCCGCGGCCGUAAAGUGUAGGAGGAUACAAUAAAGCAAAAAUUAUUUUCUAUAAACUUUGAAGAGUCGUUUUUAUUUGUGUUCUGGACGACAGAAUGCAUCUUAGACUCAGUGCAGAUUUCUACUCAAAUUAACAUCGAACUUCCUUCCUAGAUCCAACAUUUCCACUUUGUGCUUCAAAUGACACUGUGUUCUGCUUACUUCCAGCAUAUGGUAAGCGUUUUUAUUUUUCUCAUUAACCUAUGAUCUCGUCAGUAUUAAAAAGGUCACAACAGGCACGGUUUGAGAGCAUUCGGUCCACCAAAGCGAUGUGAUAUGAUAGAAAUUUGAGAAAUUGUUAGAAAACAACCAUAAAAUUCAUUCGACCGUCCAUCCAUCAAUCAAUGAUUUAAUCAAUAUAAUCAGCAAUCAAUCCAUUACUUAAUGUGAGGACAUCAGUCAAAUGUUCAGCAAUUUCUGCGAUCAGUCGGUGUAAAUUUCAACAAACCAUUCAUGAUCAGCGUUUGAAUUUUGUGCUAGAUAGUCAAUAAAUAGGACAGCCGAGCUGCCAUUGAUUCGGACAAUCAGGUUGUGAACCAUCAAAUGGCGGCAUCAUAAAACACGUCUGUCAGCCAGCCAGUCAUCACUUUCUCUUUCCACUCUGUCACCCUGCAUUAAAGCAAAUGACAGAAAAUAAGUGAAUCAGUUAUCAAGGAAGUCAUUCAUUCACUCAUUCAAUAACUCUAUACUCACAAUUAUAAAAAGGGAUUACAACACAUGUUAUAUUUUCGAUUUGUUUUGGACAGAAUCAUUUGGUAAAUCAAAGGAAAAGGAGGAGUGCGAAAAAAGCUGCCAGGAACCAUGCCACCACACAGACUAUGAAAUAUCCUUAUCAUAUGCCGGUUUGCAGAGGAAUGUGUUCAUUAAAAAACUCAACGCAGCAUUAAAUAACAGUGAGAACUUUCCAGGAUUCGAGAAUUUUCUGUACAUAUCAUAUUCAGAAAAGAAGCAGUACAUAGAGUAAGUUUUCUUUGGGGUGACAUAUCAAUAAAAGACUAUUUUGCGGACAGAAGUAAUGUUUAAAUGAUAUUUUCUCACGCAUGGAAAUCGCCGCAGAGUUUUGAGUUUUCUACCACUGUCUUGUUCGCUCCGUUUAAAUUUCCCCUAACUUUUGAGCGACUUACUUAACAGUUAAUGAAUGAGGCUGAGUACCUUAUGAAGAAUUAUGGAGAUCGAGGAGGAUGUUAUAGGAGCGUGUUAUCCGUCGAGGCCGUAGGCCGAGGUUGAUAACACUCUCCGAGAUCUCCAUAAUUCUUCAUAUGAUACGAAAGCCGAAUUCAAUAACUGUUUUAUUAUUCAUUCAAAAUAAGUUCACAACCAAAACAACUCAACCUCGUUCCCAGGUCUUCUCGGUUAACGGUGCCUUAACCUGCGAAAACGCUGCAUUUUUGACGUCAUUUCCUCGUUAAAGUCAAAUUUCUUCCAAUUUUGGUCAUCAGUAACUGGUUAUGGUGAAUUAAACGUGUGCUUGUAACCAAUCAGAAUCGGGGAAAUAUUUUGAAUGAAUAAUAAUAAGUAAUAAUCAACUUUGAUUUGACAAUUUCCUAAACAUAAUUUCUGCCUUUCUUACCAUGCAGUGAUAACAUCGUUUCCCUCGAUAUCUUUUUCCAAGAACUGAGCUACGAUGAGAUUAGACAGACUCCACAGUUUACAGAUUGGUCUUUAGUUGGUGAGUCUUUUGUUGUAGGUUUCCCUGCGUAAUCAAAGUAAUAAUGAAUAAGUAAAAUUAAUAUAAAUACCAAACCACGCAGUAAAUAAAGCUAAGAGCGAGUCUAAUUUGCUAUCUAAAAAGAAACUAUCCUAUGCUAUUCACCCCAAUGCCUUUCCUUCAUGCUCAAGACGCGUUCACUUAGGAAGAAUGAAGUCAGGAUUUGUGUUCCAAGAUCACUCGAAUCAUGGCGCAUGAUGAAUUCUUGUCUAUGCUCUGAAGAUCUUCGAUUGUAGAUCCUGAUUAUUAUCCGUCCCAAACGUGGAGACAGACACACUACAAAAUUCUUUCCAAAACAAAGAAAUUGACAUGUUAAGACAGUCGGGUGAUAAUUGAAAUUUUAAAUUUGAAUAAAUGUCAUUUCUUUUCCCCUUUUCUUUCAGCGACUCUGGGUGGCAAUUUUGGUCUUUUUCUCGGUAUGAAUAUCCUGACACUUCUCGAGUUUGUUGACUUCGCUCUCAGACGAUUCUGUGUUUUCAUCUGGAAUGAAUCUUAGCCCAUGAAUUAGGCAUGAAGAAAAAUAGAUCGUGAUCUCUAGCUCCUCUAGCUCUGUACUUACUAGUCAAGACUUCUUUGCAUGGGUUUUCCGCACGAGCUUCUUGAGAAAGUUCAAGAGCUUUACUGAAAAGAUCAAUGGACAAAAAUGCCCUGCAAAAAUCAAAUUACUCUCGAUUUAACGGAUCCAGUUAGUCAACCGUCAACCAAAGUUGUUGGAUGCAACAUACCAAGUUCACUCAAACGCUCUGCUAAAUGGCGUUGGAUCGGUAUUAAUUUAGCUAACGCAUCCACACAAUCCAGCCAAUUUGCGUUGAUUCAAUCUUGUUGAAUUAUCACGCAGAUCCAACACCAAGAACUUGGACUCACUUCAACGUGCCCUGUAUAAUAACAUGUGGUUAGAUCUAUUAAUUUGGUAUUUUAUGUUUUUUAGUAUGCUCAAAGGAGAUGGCACAUUAUUUUGUUAAGUUUUACAAAACCCAGAGGUUUAUAACGCAAAAGCAACAUUAGAUAUAGCCAAAUCUAAAGGCGGAGCUCCCGUUCAAGAGUUAUUUUUAGCUUUUCCUCAUUCUCGGCGUUCUAUUAGUUUCAGUUUCGAAUUUUAAAAGAGUAGUUCAAAGUUUUCAAAUUAAAAGAUGCCGUUGCAUUGGAAAAGCGAUUUUUUUGAACUGUGGGUUUUCUACAUAAUUAAUUAUUUUCACUCCGCAUGCCUUGGUUUUACAUUUGGCAGGAGGACAGUCAUUCGGUCGUCGGUCACGGGAAAUGUAUGGUCAAGAAAUGAUUUUCUUACCAUGAGGGUUCCUGACUGAACAAAUCCGUUUCCUAAGACCCUCAUCCAACCUGGUUUUUACGGAGAUAAAGUUGCCACAUCUUAAAUUAACGGAACAAUUCAGUACUUAACCUUUAUUACCCAUUCGCUGUUUUGUCCAAAUUUUUCCCGUUUUCCGUGGUCUUUCCCCUUUCCCUGCUUUAGUAACAUUUCUUGAGCGCUUUUUAAAUUUGUAGAAACAGACAGUCUGUGUUAAGCAUAUUUACAGGCAUCAAGCUCGUUUCUGAUAAAGUAGGGACUGAGUUAGAGCGAUUUUCGUAUGACCUUGAAAAAUGGUUUCAGCAAGUGUUCGUUAUUCGUUUUAUCAGCCAAUGGAUGAAAAGAUCAAAACAUGACUUCUUCGUUUUCCCGCCAAAGAAAACCCUAAUAUGGAGAAGGCAUUGCUCGAUUGGCCAAUCGUAUUGCAGGUUGAUUUCUAGAAAGUUCCCCGGCAGGAAGUUUUUCACCCGAGCGUUCGCUUAACUAACCAAAAGCCACGCGCGUUUGUAUCCGUUCGAGAAACCAAUCAAAUCGCUCUAUUUCCGUUCGUUUGUUGUUUCUGUUUUGUUCGUGCGUUUUCAUUUCAAGGUCAUACGAAAAUCGCUCUACUAACUCAAGUAAGAAGGAAUAAGUUAAUAACCUCAAUAGCUAUUAAAGUAUCCUAGAAAAAAACGUUUGAAGAGUUUAUUAAAGCACUAAAUUCAAGAACAAUUAAUAAUUAUAGGGAUCUUGACACACUCGUAAAAAUACUCAUUUUUUUCGGGCUUGACAUGAAAAUGUUAGUUUCACAAGUGGUAAACGGCAUGCAGCUACCGUAUUUAUUCGAUUAACCGCCCUGGGCGCUUAUUAAAUUUUUGGACCUUGAGAGUGGGCGCUUAUUCGAGGUGGGCGCUUAUUCGAGGCUGGGCGCUUAUUAAAUUUUCACUAUUUUCAGCAAGUGAAGUAUGUUUAUUUUGCAACAAAACAAUAAAUGUUAAUAACAAAACGUGAAGAAGUAACAAAGAAAGGUUUCUGUAUAAUACUCUGAAGAAAACUCCGUCCUCCGGGAAGUCUCUUAUUAGAAUUUAUUCACUCAAUUGGGUGGGGUGGGGGUGAGCGCUUAUUUGAGUUUGAUUGGGAGGAGGAGGGGGUGGGCGCUUAUUCGAGGCUGGGCGCUUAUUAACUUUUUCUGCCUUUAAGAUGGGCGCUUAUUCGAAGUGGGCGCUAAUUCGAGGUUGGGCGCUUAUUCGAAUAAAUACGGUAUUUCAAAGAAACAGUUGCAUCAAUUCCAUUGCCAUAUUGAAAAUUUGUGGGCUACAAAAUCUUUUAUAAUCACGACGAAAAAAAAAGACAGAAAAAAGUCAACUCCAGAAUAUUAUAUUGCCAGCGGGUGGAGUCUCUGAAAGCAUUUUGAAAUCUUUUCUAUUGAUCAGUUUACAGUACAAUAUCUUAUGUAAUUUAUAUAAUCAAAGCCCGCGGGUGUCAUUGAUUAACCUGUGAGCUCGGUAUUCCUUUGUGUAUCUUCAAAGGGUUUAAAUUUAGGUUUGAGAGUCGUGUAAGAAAACAAAUAAUAGCAUCGCGUGAGAAUCAAAACAUAUGUAGAGAGAUAAAAUUGUUAUAUUGACUUUUCAAAGAGCGAAUUAUGUAAACAUCUUCAGGGAGUUUAUGAAGAUCAGGAAAAAGGUAACAAAAAAUAAAUAUCAUGCUAGUUUUUCCCCGGCUUUCACUAAUAUUUGUCAAAAACUGUCUUGUAAAGAGUAACAAACGCCGGCAUCUAACAUACUGGCACUAACUGACAAAGUAAUUUUUGUGAUUACAGUACACAGCUUGAAAACCGAGCCAGUACUAAUUAUUUAAGUUAUUAUUUUACUGUUCCUGCAGCAAACUAUGCUAAUAAUAUAGCUUCCGUCGCUGCUUUUGUAAGCAUCAAGGAACUUCUUAUUAGGAUUGAAAAUCAUUCCCUUCAAGUUAAUGAAUCUUAACUGAUUGACAGGCGUUUUGAGUGCACUUGUAGAACAAAAUACCCCUAAUCAAAUCUUAAGUAAUAUUAGUAUUAUUAGUCUAGCAAAAUUCCUUAUUAGCACACACCUAAGUGAUUAGAAUAAUUCAUAAUUCAUGUACUUUCUUUCCAUCAACUACAGUGAUUAAGACAGAGUUUCGUUUAAUGAACGGGAAAAUCAGAAUAAUAUUGUAAGGCAUCGUAUCUAAACCAAGCACGAAGCUUCGUGUCAUGAAAAGAAGUAAAAUCAUGUCUAUUAUUGGACAGCAAGCAUGGCAAGAUCAGAAACCUAACGGAAGGGAAGAAGCACCUACAGAAAACCUCCGAUCCUUCAUACAAGACACUACGCUACAUGGUGUUCGAUUUCUAUUCAAUGGAAACUUUUUUAGGAGACUGAUUUGGACAGUGGCUCUCGGUUCUUGUUUCGGUUUCUGCGUCUAUCAAAUUGUUCAAGCAUUGACUGCGUAUUACAGUCGACCAUUCAUUACAAGAAUUACAACAAAAGGAGCAAAUAUACACAGAAAUUUAACCUUCCCCGCGGUAACUCUGUGCAAUUUUAAUUUUUUUAAUCGGCGAAGGUAUAUUAACUUUAUGAAGACAAAAAAUAUGUUAGACAAUGAUGUCAUUGCACUUAAUUUUAAGGCCUUCGAAGCAAUGCUGGCAAAAUCGACAGAUUUUUUCAACACUCCGUCAAACAAAGAACUUUCCUACUUGUUCGACCGAAAAGGCUGCGAAGAUGGUUCAGAUAAUUGUUAUCUCACACUCUUUAGUCAUCGAAUCGAUGAAAUGCUCCUUCCAAGCCCAACAUUUCAGUCUUGCGAAAUCAAUGGUUUUCCUUGCGACUCAAGAAACUUUUCAUCCUUUAUCAGUUCUGUGUUUGGCCAGUGCUAUACUUUCAACUCUGGAAAUUAUGACUUUCCUCUGAUAAACGCUACCAUGGCAGGUCAUCUAAACGGCUUGAAGCUGCUGUUGCAUGUAGAAAGAGAUAGUUACCUGGAUAAUCCAAAAAAUCCCUUUGUCGGGCUUAUAGUUCUGGUACACGAUCAAAACACCUUUCCUUUCAUGGAACAGUUUGGUUUUGUAGUUCAACCUGGAGUUCGUAACCUAUGCGCACUGAAAAGAAAAGAGGUUAGUUAAUCCGCAUUUAUUCGAGUAAGCGCCCAACCUCGAAUUAGCGCCCACCUCCAAUAAGCGCCCAUCCUAAAGGCAGAAAAAGGUAAUAAGCGCCCCCCCCUUCCCCCACUCCCUUCCACAUAAACUCAAAUACGAGAUAAUAAGAAACCCUCCCGAAAACGGAGUUUUCUUCAGAGUAUUUUACAGAAACCUUGCUUUGUUACAUCUUCGCUCUUUGUUAUUACCGUACAUUGUUUUGUUGCAAAAUAAACAUAAUACACUUGCUGAGAGUGGUGAAAAUUUAAUAAGCAUCCAGCCUCGAAAAAGCGCCCACUCUCAAGGUCCAAAAAUUUAACAAGCGCCCAGGCGGUUAAUCAAAUAAAUACGGUAUGUUUGAUAUAUUUCUGUCGUUUGCAUGCUCGAAGAAAUUUAUUCCUGGCGGGUUGACCUACACUGAGAUAAAAAUGUGGACGAGGGAUUAUCAUAUUCUUUCCUAUCGAGCAUAUUUAUGGCUAUACUACGAAAUACUGGGUGCACUUAAGAAUACCAUCACAUUUGCAAAACUUUUUUUAUUUUCAGAUAAUAAACUUACCAUCACCGUAUUUAGCCAAUUGCACCACGAAAAACCUAGAGGGCCUUGGAAACAUCGGUUACACGGUUUAUUCCAAGCCGGCGUGUCUUAUGCGAUGUCUGACCGAGUUUGUCAUUAAAACGUGCGGCUGUCGUCCUAUAGAAAAUAAAGGUAAGAAGUGCCUAUCAGGGAGGAGAGAGACUGGGUGAAGAAAGAGGUGCUUUAUGUGUAGACUCGUUUGUUCCCGACCUGUUUUUAAGUGAAGAUAUGACCCUCGAAGUUGCAAACGCAAUUUAAGCAAUUGCCACUUAACUGUAAAAACAUUUGACUGACAGUAUUUAAACUGCGCAUCUCAGUGGACUCUUCCUUUCGCGUACUCGCUGCAUGCUGGGUAGUGGCAGCAACUGACAGCCGUUCAGUUUUCUUGUUUUUAUUGAUUUUAUUUAUUUAAUAUCAUUCAACAUAACAUUACGAUAAACUUUACAAUAACAGGGCGGCCAAAAAUGGGGGCAAAACAGUGAAAAAGCAAACAAACAAACAAAUAAACAAGCAAAACAAAGCAAAAUACGGAAAGUUCAACAGAUUAACAACAACUAGAAAAACAAUAGAAAAGUAAUAAUAGUGCGCGUUUGCUAAAUUACGAUAAAUCAACACUAAUCAGAAAUGCACAGGGUGGUCCACUUAUUUCUGUAUUUGUUAAGAUUUCCGUUUGUUAUUGCAAUUUCUCUUUCGCACUGGAUUUCAAUUUCCAGGAGAACAUUUUUUCUAGCUAAGUAAUCGUAAUAUCUAGCAAUUAAGAGAUAAUGGCUAAAAGUAUGAAAGCUGUUAGAUAAUAAAUAUUAAUAAAUAUUUUGCCGUCCAAAGUCCAGGCACUAUACUAAUGAUUAUCUUAUUUUCGUUCUAAUUUUAGCAAACAACUUGCGCCUUAAAUAUGUCAGAUUUUCAUCGACAUAUACCACGUUUGUAGCAUGAAAAUACUGAUUUAAACUCACUGACUUUAGAUGUUUCCUAUCUUUGUACAGCUCAGUUUUCUUCUUAUGUGAUUUAAACCGAACAAUAAUAGCUUUGGAGCCGCUGCUGUUACGAGGUCCGGUUUUGUGACAACUGUCGAUAUCAGUGGGAGAAAUAUGCACGUUGACGACCUUUCCAAGCUUAACAACAUUUUCAGCAAUAUCUUCGCCUGUAGUUUCGGCAAUUCCAUGAAUCUCCAUGUUGUGUUUUCUUGUAUACUGUUUCACGUCAUCUACUUGGGUUAUCGCCGUUCCAAGAUCUUCGUAGAGGAUGUCGACAUCUGCUCUUACCUCGACACUUUAUCUUUAAGCUCGAUCUUUAUUUUCUUUUUUGAGAGACGUCAGUUCUGCAUUUUUGAAGUCUAAAGAUUCCUUUAAUUCUUCGUAUUACCCUCAAAUAGCACGGUUUUCUUCCAAUAGUUCGUCUGUGUUCCUACGAAUCUUGUUUAGGACUAUCCAAGCGCUACUAUCGUUCCCGCUGUUGCUAACUCUUAGAGAGUCUGCUUCGCCGACUUGGUUGGAGGUACCUCGGGCGAGCUUCCGCUACUAAACCUUUCAUCACGUUUUCUUCGUACAACAGAAGGUGUAUUAAUGCUUUCCUCACUUUCUUUUCUUGACAUUUUAGGGCGGAGAGAAGAACGUUCUCGGACGUACUACUCAAAAAACACGUCCGCACAUCAUGCGAGUCUCCCCAGUCUCUCUGACAGCCUUUUCACCCUUCCUUGACUGUUAUGCCAUGCUGAUAAACCCAAACAAGGGGGGAAACAGCUAUCUAUGAAUGUCUCUGCUCGGGCAGUCUGGCUGUAGGCCUGCGUAAGAUAUUGUCCAUACCGCUGAGUUUUGCAGUGUGACCAUUGCUUCAGACAGCUUCUGAGUAAAUUGAAAAUGUUUUGAUAAUCAUUUCAACAAACUUGGUGUAUAGUGGCCUUAGAAAUGUUUAUGGCCACUAUUUACUACGAAUUAAGUUAAUAAUUGUUAAUUAUAGUGAUCGUUAUGAUAGCAAUGCCUUGCAAAUAGAUCCAAAAUUAAAAACCAGCCGCUGACAAUGAAGUUACUUCCUCUUUAGAUCCAACCUUUCCACUUUGCGCUCCAAAUGACACUGUGCUUUGUGUGUUUCCAGCAUACGGUAAGUGUUUGUUAGUUACUGAAUAGUAAAAGCAAUCACUCCACUCGCCUCCAAACGGCACAUAAAUCAUUAAGUCGGUAUACUAACUAAUCAAUAACCCUUUAUAUGGGGCUGACGUGAGGUCGAUGUAUGGUCGAAGAAAGGCUGAUAGGAGGGUUUUAAAGGGACAAUCAGGGGCACCCAACGACACCCGAUGAUUUUCGGAAAAUAUCUGUUCGGAAGACGAUUUGACAUCUAGAAUUUUCGGAACAUUUGUUGUAAAAUUUCUUGCUUGCCUGCCUCUCCUAAGAUUUUCGAACAUCUAAAAACUACUAUAAUUGCUAAUUUUUAACGGAUUUUUACCGUUAAAACGUCACCUAGAAUUUUCGGGAGCCUUUUUUCUGGCUGAAAUUUUCGAAAAGGUAAGUUUUGAUCCCUAUAAUUUUCGGAUCACUAGACUUUCAGCUAGGAAAUCCGAACAGAUGAAAAAUUUUUAGGGGAUAGAAAUAUGCCUAUAUCUACUGUUUAAAUACUAAAAUAAGUUUAACAAUGCUAUGUUAAGUGGUUUUGAACUAUAUUCUCGUUGGGUGCCCCUGGACAAUGCAUUGUCAAUCAUAAAGGUCAAUGUGGGGUCUUUAAAAUCCUUAUUCAUAACGUCAUUAACAUUAAUUUAGUCUAUACAAAGUUAAUUAAAUCCAAAAAACGGCCUUGAUUGUACCUACCAAUUUGAGACAUGGCCUUAACUGGCAAUCAGUAAAAGGAGAACAGCAAAGCUGCUAAUUGUUCAAUAAGCCUUAAGGAAAAGAAUUCAUUUUAAGCUGUGUUUUGUUUUGGGUUUUAAUUUGAUAGAGUCAUUUGGAACCUCUGAGGAAAAAGAAAGGUGUGAAGAAAGCUGCCCGGCGCCAUGCAACCACACGGAGUAUGAAAUAUCUUUAUCCUAUGCCGGUCUGCAGAGAAAUGUUUUCAUCAACAAACUGAAUGCAGCAUUAAACGGCACCAACAACCUUCCAGCCUUCGAAAAUUUUCUCAACAUGUCAUACUUUGAAAAGAAGCUGUACAUUGAGUAAGUUUUCUACGAGCCUCUUCUAGUGCAUAAAGUGUUUGCGAACAGGCUUUAAUUUCGGGACUAAAUCGUUUUUUAUUCCAUGUAAGUGUUUGCGCGGAGUUUUUGCUUCCUAAGAGACUUCCCUUUACGCGUUUUGGUCUUGAACAAUGAAAAUCGAAGUAUUUCCUUUUGGAUUAAACUGCUCCCCAGGAACAUUUAGCAUGCGUGUUGCAGGGUCUUGCAUAUCAGCAAUAACUACAGCGUAUUUCCCUGGACUAACGGAGCAUUGAAACUCGAACCAAAGUUCAGACAAGGGACGCAAAUAGCCUAUUGACACAACCACAAUUAAAAAGAGCUUUAACCAAUAAGCGCAAUACAACGCUUGUAGACAUGUCAGACUGACAUGUGAUUGAUUGGUACAUCAAAUUUAAGCUGAUUGACCUGCUGUAUGCAUGUUGUUUUUUUCCAUGUAGUGACAACAUCGUUUCUCUCGAUAUCUUUUUCCAAGAUAUGGACUAUGAUGAGAUAACACAGACUCCACAGUUUACAGACUGGUCUUUAGUAGGUGAGUGAGAUGGUAUAACGUCAUGGACAAAAAUAUUAAUAAGAAGCAAAAAUUACGUAUAUACGUAUUCUUUGCUGGAAGUUGAGUUAGAGCAUGACACCCACCUGAAAAAAAAAGAUGCUAUAACUGAUAGAAGCAGAAGCAUGCUUCUGAUAGAACAUUAUAAACAAUGCAAUCAGCCAGGUUUCACUGAAACGAAUGACAAAUUAGAUUUGCAAUCUUUAUCGGCAGUAUUAUAUCACAUCGGCGAUGCAGACGUACGUAUGGUUGGUCACGUAGCCAAAAUUUAACAGUCAGAAAAAAAAAAACGAGAAAUGGCAUGAUAUUUAGUAGAUAAUUGUUAUAAAAAAAAUUAACUAAUUUUUAUUUUUUUUUUACUUUCAGCGACUUUGGGUGGUAACUUUGGUCUUUUUCUCGGCAUGAGUAUUCUAACAAUUUUCGAAUUUGUCGACUUUAUAUCUAGGAGAUUUUGCGCUUUCAUCAGCAAAAAAUUUCAAGAGCGAAAGCGAAAUAUAAGGAGUGCUCCUGAAUGUUCUACUGAUUGA